AUGGCGCACCGAGAAGAAGACUCACCCUCUGAUCUUCACGCCGACGAGUUUUACUUCUCCGCCUUAUUCGAUGACGAAACCACCCCUCUCAUCCCCGUCUCCGACGACAGGUACGCCGAAGAGUUGCAGUUUCAAGAAGCCCUCAUGAAUGCCCUCACCACCACUUCUCAAACUGCACCGUCGUCGUCUUCGUCGUCAUUUCCGCCGCCACCGCCACCGCCGCUACCAUCGCCCUCCCUCUGCGUGGCGUCUUCAUCGAAGUCCGUUAUUGAGGUCACCAUCGCCACCAAAACAGAGCCGGUAGAGUUUGCCACCGAAGAAGAAGAAGAAGAAGAAGAAGAAGAAGAAGCGCCACCCAUCAUUUGUGAGAUUUGCGCGGAAGCAAGAGAGAUUGAUCAGAUGUUCAGGAACCAGAGGUGCCACCAUUCGUUCUGCUCUGAAUGCAUCACCAAUCAAGUAGCAGCGAAAAUCCAAGAAAACAUCACGGUUGUUCCGUGCCUUGGAUUGAACUGUAGAGGUGUAUUGGAGCUUGAAACUUGCAGGUCGAUGCUGCCGAAGGACCUGAUUGAGAGAUGGGAUGAUGCAAUGUGUGAGGCCUUUUUGCUUGCAGCUGAAAAAUUCUAUUGUCCCUAUAGGGAUUGUGCUGCUAUGAUGCUAGAUGAAAAUGGGAGGGAGGAGAUUAGGGAAUCUGAAUGCCCUUUUUGUCAUAGGCUGUUCUGUGCUAUGUGUCGUGUUCCUUGGCAUCCUGGGGUUGGUUGUGAGGAGUAUCAGAGUCUGAAUGAGGAUGAGAGAGGGAGGGAAGACCUGCUUGUGAGAGAGCUUGCUAAUCAGAAGAAAUGGAGGAGGUGUCCUAGAUGCAGGUUCUAUGUGGAAAAGAGGGAAGGG